GUGGGAUGUGGGAUGGGGAUGGGAUGGGAUGGGAGCAGCUGAUGAAGCCAAGCAGAUCCCUGGACGUCUCUCCCUGUCCCACAAGCACUCUGGGAAGCUGCUGGAGGAGAUCCUGGUGUCUGCUCCCCAGACUCCAGCUCACGGGGCCGUGGCAAAGCCGCGGGCUCAGGCGCUGCCCAGCUCCCCACUGCCCACGGAGGAGGAUUUUGGGAAGGGGCCCUGGCUGGCCAUGAAGACGGAGCUGGGGCUGGAUGAGAGGGACCCCAGCUGCUUCCUCCACACCUACAGCGUGGUCAUGGUGCUCCGCAAGGCAGCCCUGAAGCAGCUCCCAAAGAACAAGGUGCCCAGCAUGGCUGUGAUGAUCAAAACCCUGACCAGGAGCAGCGCCGGCGCUGGCGCCGUGUUCCGGGACCCCACAGGGGAGAUGCAGGGCACCGUGCACCGGCUGCUGCUGGAGCAGAGGCAGAGCGAGCUCCGGGCCGGCUCCGUGCUGCUCCUGAGGCAGGUCGGGGUCUUCUCCCCCUCCCACCGCAACCACUACCUCAACGUGACCCCCAACAACCUCCUCCGGAUCUUCCCACCCGAGCCCGAGGGCUGCUCCCCCCAGCAGGUCCCUGCCCAGGCUGAGCUGGCCCCAGAGCCCCCUGCACAGCCUACCCGGGGUGUCCCCAUUCCUGAGGACUGGGGACAGUCGAGGACGAGUGGACACAGUGCAGAGCAGCAUCCUGGGGGCUUCUCCCUGUGCCCACCGAGCUCUGAUCCCAGCUGGGAAGAGCCGGUGGGAGCUGAUGGAUGUGACAUGGAUGACCUGGACGGGCUCCUGGGAGAGCUGCCCGAGGAUUUCUUCUCAGCCCCGGCUCAGGUUGACUGUGGCUGAGCCCAGCAGAGGGUGACGGUGCCGAGGAGCAGGUGACACACCUGCCACCCACCCACCUGCUUCUCUGUCUGCGUGUCCGUGGUGCUUGUUGUGGAGCUGAGAGCUGGGGACACCCAGGGGGGAAGUGGCCUCAGCACUGUCCCCACUGCUUCGGGCACACGGGCCCCUCUGGCUCCCAAACCUGCAUUAAAGGGCUGUUUUGUUUCUGCA